AUGGACAUGCGCGCGCUCGCUCGUCCAGCCGCUGAGCUGCUCCUCAAAAGAACACCCGUCUCUAUCCCCUUAAUAACGACCCGCUCUCACAAGACCACCGCCCGAACGAAACGAUCCCUCAAAAUCGCCCCUCACGACUCCUUCCUUCCAUCACGGGAUGGCAACGCGUCACAAGGCGACCACAUUAUCUACAACCCCCCUAGCUCCGAAGCCUCGCCUUUCCACACGCCAUUCAUCUUCCUCCCACCGGAAGACCCGCGUCGACAGGCCAUCACACGCAUGCGCGCCAUGAAGGGUAGCGCGCAAGGACUUGUCGGACUGGGCGGACAGACCACGGAGAAAUUGCCUCCGCUGAUGAACAAGAACGAGGGCAAGAAGGCGCGGUAUCACCUCACACCCGCACACAUGGAGGAGAUGAGGAAAUUGCGAGCAGAGGACCCGUUGACAUGGACCGUCACGGCCUUGGCAAGGAAGUUUGACUGCUCCACGAUCAUUGUGCGAACCGUCGCGCCCCCGCCAAAGGGCCACCUGGAGUGGCUCAAGGCCAAGGAGGAGAGACGCAUCGCGAGGUACGGUCCCGCAAAGCUCAAGGCCAAGGCCGAGCGGAAAAUGCGGACGGAGAUGAUGUAUCGGGGCGAGAUCUAA